GAGUCCCAAACAAACCCAUUUGAUUUCACAGAAAGAGAAAGAAACAGAGUGAGAGUAAACAGAGGAAUGAUACCCAUACUCAGCUAAUGUUAAAUGCAAAGUCUUACAUCCCAAUCCCAGAGUUUAAUACAAUGCCAUUAUCAUUCUCCUCCUCUCCCAUUUCCAAGAAAUCAAUCAACCAUAUACUAAUACUCCUACUUGUACUACAUUAUACUCACUCAUUCAUAACAUCAACCAGCUCAUUUUGAAGCACAAAAAACCAAAACCAGGUUCUGCUGCGCGCUAUGAUAGUCCUUGAAUUGAAAAUUUUAUAGCUAGCUAGCUGGCAUAUCAAAUGCAAUGCUGCCAUUUUCAUCAAUUCAAACACACACACACACACCUCUUCAAAGUUCAAUUCAACCCACUCACUCUGCCAAGGAUGAGUGAGUGAUUAAGGGAUACACACUCACACACACACUCACACACACCCACGCUAUCUGUAUUCUGUACUAUACACCCAAAACCCACGCACGCACUUUCUGCCUUUCCCUCAUUCAUUCACAACCAACAACAACACCUCAUUCUCCUCUCUCUCUCUCUCUUUCUCUCACUCACUAAAAUAUUCUCCUCUCUCUUUCUUCCUAUGCCUACAACAACAACACCACCUUCAUUUUUCUCACUCCACCCUCAACUACGUUAUAAUAAUUAUUAUCAUCAACACAAACCCAUUAAAUUUCCCAACUUUUCACGCACUCAUUUCUCCACCGCCGCCACACGGCGGCCUAACUGGCCACGCAUGGAAGUAUCCUCCACACGCCACCGUUGGAAAGACAAAGUUAUCGUCAUAAUGGGUGCCACCGGCUCCGGAAAAUCAAGUCUUUCCGUUGAACUCGCAACCCAUUUCCCUUACUCAGAAAUAAUCAACUCCGAUAAAAUCCAAGUCUUCAAAGGACUCGAUAUCACCACCAACAAGAUCCCCUUUCAUCAACGCAACAACGUUCCUCAUCAUCUUCUCGGCGACGUUGACCCUUCUCACGGCGAGUUUUCACCUUCAGAUUUUCGUCGUCACGCCGGAGAUAUUAUCUCAGAUAUAACUUCACGGAGAAAGGUUCCCAUUAUUGUUGGUGGGUCUAACUCAUUCAUUCAUGCUCUUCUUGUUGAACGAUUUGACUCAGAGUUGAACGUGUUUGAAGACGAUUCAUCAAAAACAUCAUUAUCGGAGAUAUCAUCGGAUUUAAGGUACAAAUGUUGCUUUAUUUGGAUGGAUAUAUCGUUUCCUGUGUUAUCGGAAUAUUUACGGAAACGAGUCGACGAUAUGUUUGACUCGGGAAUGGUGGACGAGUUAGCCGAGUUUUAUGAACCGGAUGCAGAUAACCGAACCGGUCUAAGAAAAGCAAUCGGUGUACCCGAGUUCGACCGGUUUUUUAAAGAGUAUCCACCACCGGUUGGACCCAUGGAAAAAGAAGGUAAUAAUUCAAUGCGGGAACUUGCAUACGAGGAAGCAGUGAAAGCGAUUAAAGAUAACACGUGUCAGCUAGCUAAGCGUCAGAUAGGAAAGAUCUUACGGUUAAAACGAGCUGGAUGGGACCUACAAAGAAUUGAUGCAACGGAGGCGUUUAGGGCGGUGCUGACGUCAGAGUCUAACGGCGGUAACGGCGGAGGAGAAGGAUUUUCCGAUGUAUGGAAAAAACAAGUGUUGGAACCAAGCGUGAAGAUUGUGAAGAGAUUCUUGAUGGAGUAGGUCUUCCAGCUAAAUCCAGCU